CUGUCCUUUCCGAGCUACUCAGGGAAGGGUCCAUACGGCGUUGUUUUGCGUUUCCGUCGUAACUUAAAGGGAAACUUUCACAAUGUCCGGAGCCCUUGAUGUCCUGCAAAUGAAGGAGGAGGAUGUCCUCAAAUUCCUUGCAGCAGGAACCCACUUAGGUGGCACCAACCUUGACUUUCAAAUGGAACAGUACAUCUACAAAAGGAAAAGUGAUGGUAUCUACAUCAUAAAUCUGAAGAGAACCUGGGAGAAGCUUCUGCUGGCAGCUCGUGCCAUUGUUGCCAUUGAAAACCCAGCUGAUGUCAGUGUCAUAUCAUCCAGGAAUACUGGCCAGCGAGCUGUGCUGAAAUUUGCUGCUGCUACCGGAGCCACUCCUAUUGCCGGCCGCUUCACUCCUGGAACCUUCACUAACCAGAUCCAGGCAGCCUUCCGGGAGCCGAGACUGCUGGUGGUUACUGAUCCCAGGGCUGACCACCAGCCUCUUACAGAGGCGUCCUAUGUUAACCUGCCUACCAUUGCUCUGUGUAACACAGACUCUCCUCUGCGCUACGUGGACAUUGCCAUCCCUUGCAACAACAAGGGAGCUCACUCAGUGGGUCUGAUGUGGUGGAUGCUGGCCAGGGAAGUUCUGCGCAUGCGUGGCACCAUUUCCCGAGAACACCCGUGGGAGGUCAUGCCUGAUCUCUACUUCUACAGAGAUCCUGAAGAGAUUGAAAAGGAAGAGCAGGCCGCUGCUGAAAAGGCUGUGACCAAGGAGGAAUUUCAGGGUGAAUGGACGGCUCCAGCUCCUGAGUUCACUGCUACUCAGCCUGAAGUUGCAGACUGGUCUGAAGGCGUGCAGGUGCCCUCGGUGCCUAUUCAGCAGUUCCCUACUGAAGACUGGAGCGCCCAGCCGGCCACUGAAGACUGGUCUGCAGCUCCCACUGCUCAGGCCACUGAAUGGGUAGGAACAACCACUGAGUGGUCUUAAGCUGGUCUUCCACAAAGGCAAACAAAAUGGAAAUAGAAAUGGAAAAGGUUGACGGAAAAUAAACAGUUUGUAAAAGUCGA